UCGCUGCAACUUCCGGUUUUCGCUCGAGCAGGAGUCUGUCGUCCGGCAACAGGAGGGGGAGUAUAUAGAGGAACACAGGGGUCUGUACAAGGACGUGAUGAUGGAGAAUCACCGGCCCCUCACAUCACUGGAUGGACCCAGUAACAGAGCUACCCCAGAGAGAUGUCCCCAUCCUCUGUAUUCCCAGGACUGUACAGAGGAGAAUCACAGGAUCUCACAGGAGUAUCAGGGUGACCACCUUUCCGAUGUGAAGGCUGAAGAUAUAGAGGGAGAAGAGGAGACAUAUGUGACUGAUAUGAGGGCAGAAGAUAUACAGGGAGAAGAGACGUAUGUGACUGAUAUGAAGGCAGAAGAUAUAGAGGGAGAAGAAGAGACGUAUGUGAUUGAUAUGAAGGCAGAAGGUAUAGAGGGAGAAGAAGAGACGUAUGUGACUGAUAUGAAGGCAGAAGAUAUAGAGGGAGAAGAGGAGACGUAUGUGACUGAUAUGAAGGCAGAAGAUAUGAAGGCAGAAGAUACAGAGGGAGAAGAGACGUAUGUGACUGAUAUGAAGGCAGAAGAUAUAGAGGGAGAAGAAGAGACUUAUGUGACUGAUAUGAAGGCAGAAGAUAUAGAGGGAGAAGAAGAGACGUAUGUGACUGAUAUGAAGGCAGAAGAUAUAGAGGGAGAAGAAGAGACGUAUGUGACUGAUAUGAAGGCAGAAGAUAUAGAGGGAGAAGAGACGUAUGUGACUGAUAUGAAGGCAGAAGAUAUAAAGGGAGAAGAAGAGACGUAUGUGACUGAUAUGAAGGCAGAAGAUAUAGAGGGAGAAGAAGAGACGUAUGUGACUGAUAUGAAGGCAGAAGAUAUAGAGGGAGAAGAAGAGACGUAUGUGACUGAUAUGAAGGCAGAAAAUAUAGAGGGAGAAGAGACGUAUGUGACUGAUAUGAAGGCAGAAGAUAUAAAGGGAGAAGAAGAGACGUAUGUGACUGAUAUGAAGGCAGAAGAUAUAGAGGGAGAAGAAGAGAUGUAUGUGACUGAUAUGAAGGCAGAAAAUAUAGAGGGAGAAGAGACGUAUGUGACUGAUAUGAAGGCAGAAGAUAUAGAGGGAGAAGAAGAGACAUAUGUGACUGAUAUGAAGGUAGAAGAUAUAGAGGGAGAAGAAGAGACGUAUGUGACUGAUAUGAAGGCAGAAAAUAUAGAGGGAGAAGAGACGUAUGUGACUGAUAUGAAGGCAGAAUAUAUAGAGGGAGAAGAAGAGACACAUGUGACUGAUAUGAAGGCAGAAGAUACAGAGGGAGAAGAAGAGACGUAUGUGAGGAGAGAUCAGAAGUGUAAGGAAGAGGAAAUCCCUACAGAUAUCAGCACAGCAGAUGGAGGCACAAGCAGGAAUUCCUUGGAGCGAGAUCUCAUCUUGUCUGCAGAUAGUAAAAUAGAAGAUAACAUCACACAGGAUUCCCCAGGAGACAUCCCCAUUACUUUAACUAUACAUCCAGUACCUCACAGUGCUGGUACUUCAUCCGAUCCCUCUAAUCGCGAUGACUGUUCAUCUGAUACCUCAGAUUUUAUUACACAUCAUGCAGCUCAUACACGUGAUAAAAUAUUUCCCUGUUCUGAGUGUGGGAAAUAUUUUUCAUUCAAAUCAAAACUUGUUAUACAUCAGAGAAGUCACACAAGUGAGAGACCAUUUCCAUGCUCUGAGUGUGGGAAAAGUUUUACACUCAAAUCAUGUCUUGUUACACAUCAGAAAAGUCACACAGGUGAGAAACCAUUUCCAUGCUCUGAAUGUGGGAAAUGUUUUGCACACAAAUCACUGCUUGUUAGACAUCAGAAAAAUCACACAGGUGAGAAAUCAUUUUCAUGCUCUGAAUGUGGGAAAUGUUUUUUACAUAAAUCAGAUCUUGCUAGACAUCAGAGAAGUCACACAGGUGAGAAACCAUUUCCAUGCUCUGAGUGUGGAAAAAGUUUUGCACACAAAUCACUGCUUGUUAUACAUCAGAGAAGUCACACAGGUGAGAAACUACUUCUAUGCUCUGAGUGUGGGAAAAGUUUUACACUCAAAUCACGUCUUGUUAGACAUCAGAGAAGUCACACAGGUGUGAAACCAUUUCCAUGUUCUGAGUGUGGGAAAUGUUUUUCAUGCAAAUCAGAUCUUGUUAUACACCAGAGAAGACACACAGGUGAGAAACCAUUUCCAUGCUCUGAGUGUGGGAAAUGUUUUCCACUUAAAUCAGAUCUUCUUAGACAUCAGAUAAGUCACACAGAUGAGAAACCAUUUCCAUGCUCUGAGUGUGGGAAAAGUUGUGCACUUAAAUCACAGCUUGUUAGACAUCAGAGAAUUCACACAGGUGUGAAACCAUUUCCAUGCUCUGAGUGUGGAAAAUGUUUUUCAGGCCAAUCAGAACUUGUUAGACAUCAGAAAAGUCACAUAGGUGAGAAACCAUUUCCAUGCUCUGAGUGUGAGAAAUGUUUUCCACUCAAAUCACGUCUUGUUAGACAUCAGAGAAGUCACACAGGUGAGAAACCAUUUCCAUGCUCUGAGUGUGGGAAAUGUUUUCUGUGUAAAUCAGAUCUUGUUAGACAUCAGAGAAUUCACACAGGUGAGAAUACAUUUCCAUGCUCUGAGUGUGGGAAAUGUUUUCUGUGGAAAUCAGAACUUGUUAGACAUCAGAGAAGUCACACAGGUGAGAAACCAUUUCCAUGCUCUGAGUGUGGGAAAUGUUUUUCAGACAAAUCGUAUCUUGUUAAACAUCAGAAAUCACACAGGAGUAAAGCAUUACAAAGAUCUGAUACACAACAGGGUUGUAGCUACACUCCAGUCACACAGAUAAUUGAGGCAGCUGUGAACCCCAUAACCUUUUCAGACCAUGCCCCUAUAUCGAUUGUGCUACAGGGUAGACUCACUUUAGGAAAGUAUACAUUUUUCCAAUAUGGAGAUAAGCCUAACCGAAUGCUUUCCAAUCUGCUUAAAUCCGAUAAGGGGCCCCAACAUGUAACAGCUCUGAGAGACCCAUCCUCAGUUAUACAAUCUGAAGGGAAGGCGAUCACUGAUAUUUUUUACCCCUUUUAUACCAAACUCUACUCACAUAGCGACAUUGAUCAACCUACUAAAAACUCCUUCUGGGAAACAUUACAGUUGCCUCAUAUUUCCCCAGAUCAGUCAGAUUCCCUUACGGCUCCUGUUACUGUCACUGAAGUGACAGAAGCUAUUAAAGCCCUUAAACCACUGAAGACCCCGAGCCCCGAUGGCUUAUCCGGGGAAUUCUUUAAAUUGCUCUCCCCUAAGAUAGUGGACUCUCUAACGGCCUUUUUUAAUUCUUUCUUCUCCAGCCUUACUAUCCCACACUAUUUCAACUCGGCCCUGAUUCGAGUUAUACCCAAACCUGGCAAAGACCCGCUCCUCCCGUCCUCUUACCGCCCUAUCUCCUUACUUAAUAUGGACUACAAAUUGUUUACUAAACUGUUGGCGGAUCGGCUAAAAUCUAUCUUGCCUGAAAUAAUUCAUGCAGAUCAAACCGGUUUUAGGUCAGGCAGACACUCGGUGACCAAUAUCCGUAAAUUUCUGACAGUUCUACAGUCCCUGGGGAUGGUGGAGACAGCAGCUUGCGUCCCCCUGCCAAUCACACCUCACUUCCGGCCUGUGCGUUCCAUACCACUUCCGGCCGCUGCGUUCCACACACAGGAAGAGAGUUUUUUUCAUUCGCGGCAACUUCCGGGUUUCCCUCGAGCGGGAGUCAGUCGUCCGCAAAAGCAGGAGGGGGCGUAUAUAGAGGAACACAGGGGUCUGUGCAAGGACGUGAUGAUGGAGAAUCACCGGCCCCUCACAUCACUGGAUGGACCCAGUAACAGAGCUACCCCAGAGAGAAGUCCCCAUCCUCUGUUUUUCCAGGAUUUUACAGAGGAGAAUCACAGGAUCCCACAGGAGGAUCAGGAUGAGCACCUUUCUGAUACUAAGGCCGAAGAUACAGAGGGAGAAGAAGAGACAUAUGUGACUGAUAUGAAGGUAGAAGAUACAGAUGGAGAAGAAGAGACGUAUGUGACUGAUAUGAAGGGAGAAGAAGAGACGUAUGUGACUGAUAUGAAGGCCGAAGAUAUAGAGGGAGAAGAAGAGACGUAUGUGACUGAUAUGAAGGCAGAAGAUAUAGAGGGAGAAGAAGAGACGUAUGUGACUGAUAUGAAGGCAGAAGAUAUAGAGGGAGAAGAGACGUAUGUGAUUGAUAUGAAGGCAGAGGAAAUAGAGGGAGAAGAAGAGACGUAUGUGACUGAUAUAAAGGCAGAAGAUAUAGAGGGAGAAGAAGAGACGUAUGUGAGGAGUGAUCAGAAGUGUAAGGAAGAGGAAAUGCCUACAGAUAUCAGCACAGCAGAUGGAGGCACAAGCAGGAAAUCCUUGGAGGGAGAUCUCAUCUUGUCUGCAGAUAGUAAAAUAGAAGAUAACACCACACAGGAUUCUCCAGGAGACAUCCCCAUUUCUCUAACUAUACAUCCAGUACCUGAUACUUCAUCUGAUCCCUCUAAUCGCGAUGACUGUUCAUCUAAUACCUCAGAUUUUGUUACACAUCGUGCAGCUCAUACAUGUGAUAAAAGAUUUCCAUGCUCUGAGUGUGGGAAAAGUUUUGCACGCAAAUCACAACUUGUUGUACAUCAGAGAAGUCAUACAGGUGAGAGACCAUUUCCAUGUUCUGAGUGUGGGAAAUGUUUUAUAGUCAAAUCACAUCUUGUUGCACAUCAGAGAAGGCACACAGGUGAGAAACCAUUUCCAUGCUCUGAGAGUGGGAAAAGUUUUGCAAGCAAAUCACAGUUUGUUAGACAUCGGAGAAGUCACACAGGUGAGAAACCAUUUCCAUGCUCUGAGUGUGGGAAAUGUUUCCUGUGUAAAUCAGGACUUGUUAGACAUCAGAGAAGUCACACAGGUGAGAAUACAUUUCCAUGCUCUGAGUGUGGGAAAUGUUUCCUGUGUAAAUCAGGACUUGUUAGACAUCAGAGAAGUCACACAGGUGAGAAACCAUUUCCAUGCUCUGAGUGUGGGAAAAGUUUUGCAAGCAAAUCACAGUUUGUUAGACAUCAGAGAAGUCACACAGGUGAGAAACCAUUUCCAUGCUCUGAGUGUGGGAAAAGUUUUGCACUCAAGUUAAAUCUUGUUAGACAUCAAAGAAGUCACACAGGUGAGAAUACAUUUCCAUGCUCUGAGUGUGGGAAAUGUUUUCUGUGUAAAACAGAAUUUGUUAUACAUCAAAGAAGUCACACAGGUGAGAAACCAUUUCCAUGCUCUGAGUGUGAGAAAAGUUUUGCAGUCAAAUCACAGCUUGUUAGACAUCAGAGAAGUCACACAGGUGAGAAACCAUUUCCAUGCUCUGAGUGUGGGAAAAGUUUUGCACUUAAGUUAAAUCUUGUUAGACAUCAAAGAAGUCACACAGGUGAGAAACCAUUUCCAUGCUCUGAGUGUGGGAAAAGUUUUGCAGUCAAAUCACAGCUUGUUAUACAUCAAAGAAGUCACACCGGUGAGAAACCAUUUCCAUGCUCUGAGUGUGGGAAAAGUUUUGCAGGCAAAUCGUAUCUAGUUAAACAUCAGAAAUUACAUAUGAGUAAAGCAUUACUAUGAUCUGAUACACAACGGGG